AUGGUCGGCAAAUUCGGCACGGCCAGCCUUGGAGUUGAGUUAGCUCCGACUCUCCUCUGGCAAGGCACGGCGGUGGUCCGUGGUGACAGCUUACCGCUCGGUGGCCCAGUGCAUCAGGUAGUAGCCGGCCAUCAGGGACGGCAGCCAGAAGAAGAUCUGAGACUUGGUGCGGCGAAACGUGUUGAAGAUGGCGUCGUGCGCGGCACCCGCGAAGGGGUUCUGACGGUUGGCGGCGAUGCCGUAGGUGAUGAUGCCCUUGACCUUGCCAGCGCCACCUGUGUCCGCGCUUGCUGUUUUCCCCGACCGGGGCAAAGGGGCCGCCACUUACUUGCCGACCUUCCAGUUGGGGCCGCUGAGCAUUCUCUGAGUCGGUCUCAUUUUGGCGGAAUCGUUUCGCGACGGAAUUGGGCGGAGAUGUUCGAGGUGUCGAGGUCGAUGGGUGGGAGGGAGGUCCAAGGCAAUCUUUCGGAGAGGCGAAAGUCUGCACACCCGCAGAGCAGCCGGGGAACUCCACCAGGCCACAACGAGACUAGCGCGCCGGUGCUUCACUGGAAAACGAACCUCACAGCUCAGGCAACUUCGAUUGAAAGCUCGCCCCCCAUCUCAUCCGGUGUCCGUCUGUCAAUUCUCAUCUCCAUCCCGCCUGUCAUCGCCGCGAACGAGGAUCAGCGACCAACCACGACGAACGAAUUAGCCCUCAACUCCAUGUACAAGCUGGCGGUGCCAGCGUCGCUCGUCGCCAUGGCGGCCUCGCAGUCGCUAUUUGACGUCAAGGGCGGCACGCGCGCUGUCAUCUUUGACAGGGUGUCUGGUGUCAAGGAGGACGUCAUCAGCGAGGGCACGCACUUUUUGAUUCCCUGGUUGCAGCGCGCCAUUGUCUUUGACGUGCGCACCAAGCCCAGAAACAUUGCCACGACGACGGGCUCCAAGGACAUGCAAAUGGUCAGCCUGACGCUCCGCGUCCUGCACCGCCCGAUAGUGAAGCAACUUCCCAAGAUUUACCAGAACCUCGGCGCCGACUACGACGAGCGUGUCCUGCCCUCCAUCGGCAACGAGGUGCUCAAGUCCAUUGUCGCGCAGUUUGACGCCGCCGAGCUCAUCACCCAGCGCGAGGCCGUUUCCCAGCGUAUCCGCGACGACCUGACCCGCCGCGCCGCCGAGUUCAACAUUGCCCUCGAGGACGUCUCCAUCACGCACAUGACGUUUGGUCGCGAGUUCACCAAGGCGGUCGAGCAGAAGCAGAUUGCGCAGCAAGAUGCCGAGCGCGCGCGCUUCAUCGUCGAGCGCGCCGAGCAGGAGCGCCAGGCCAACGUCAUCCGCGCCGAGGGCGAGGCCGAGUCGGCCGAGACCAUCUCCAAGGCCAUUGCCAAGGCGGGCGACGGCUUGGUGCAGAUUCGUCGCAUCGAGGCCGCGCGGGAUAUUGCGGCCACGCUGGCGUCGAACCCGAACGUGGCGUACCUGCCCAGCGGCAGUGGCAAGAAUGGCGGAGGUGGCCAGUACCUGCUGUCUGUUGGCAGAGCUUAG